AUGUUAAGGAUACGAUCUGCUUAUGGAUCAAGAGUGGCUAAUUUGUCUAUUUAUAGGAACUUUAGCAGUACUUUAAAAAAUGCAAAGGCAGUGACAAAAGAAUUAGAUCCAAAGGUAUAUAAAUCUCAUGUCAAGACUAAAUUGAACUAUUUUCUAGAGACGGGCCAAAUAUUGAAAUAUUCUCCGAAUCAGUACCAAAAACGAAUAAGCAAGAUAAAAGAAAAACUGUCAUACAAAAUAAACCUGGGAUCAUAUUCUCUGCAGAAAGCUCUAUUGGUAUUAAGAUCCAAAUAUGACAAUAUUCUACAGACAGACUCUGGAGAAAUCAUAUCCACAGAAAAAUUAACUCCAUCCGAUUUGAAUAUCGAUUCUCAGAAGUCACUUAGUAUAUUCAAAGCAUUAGUUAACAUUAAAAAAAUUAAUAGAAAGUCACUAGAUGAGAAAUUAAUUUUGAAACUUUUGGGCACGAAUACCACACAGCUUAAUGAUCCUUUUUUAGUAACAAGAGAUGUUCUUAAAUUGCUUGAACGUGAUAGGGAAAUUUCAAGAGCUGUUUAUUUGGCAAAACUUGCGGGCUCAGAGAGUGGUGUCGUUGGGAUGAAUGCUGUUCUCCAGUGGUUAUUAGAAAGAGGCGACACAAAGGCUGCGUUUAGAAAUUUUCAAGAUCGUAAGAAGUGGGGGAUUCCAAUAACUGAACAUACUUAUACAAUAUUUUUUGAUGGGUUAGCAAAAGCUCAUGAGUGGGGAAAGGUUUCCGAUGAUAUGGCUGAAAAAUGUAUGCAAAUAUUUGAAAGCUUUAAAGAAAGUUCAAGCACUAAGGCAAAACAGUCUAACGAGUUGAAAGCUGACAAGAGAUCUAAAUGUACUAUUAUCCACUUUAAUUCCUGCUUAAGUUUAUUAUUGAAGAAUUUUAAGAAUGGUCAACAGUAUGCAUGGACGUUUUUCGAUCUUUUACUUCCUGGUAAUAAUGGUUCAAGCUCAGCAUUGAUUGCAGACAGUCAAACAUUCACUAUUUUUUUAAAUGGUAUUAAAAAAUACUCUCAGCAUAAUUCAGAAUUAAUUAUUAACAAUGACAACUUAACAAAGCAGGUCAAAACUUUAAGAUUACUUCAGAUACAAGGAAAGUUGAUCCAGAUUGCUGAAUUAAUAUUGGGAAAAAUUACAGCUGCUGCAACUCCACCUGUUCCCCCAACGAAGGAAGAAGUUGAAGAAAAUCCUGACUGUCUCAUCACUUAUAGACAAAAAAUGAAACGUCGGUUAGUUGAUAUUGACCAAACUUUUGUAUCAGUUUUCGUAUCUUGUUUUAUAAAUAAUAGUGCGGGUACUGGCCUUGAUAUCAAUUCAGGUUCCCAUUAUAAGUAUAUUCAAAGUGGUUUAAAGUACUUGAGCAUUUGGUGCCCUGAAGUUCAGUCUCUAUUUCAUUUUGUUGAAAAAGCAAGCAAAGAUAAUGAUUAUGUCUUAUUAAAACCUAGUGAUACGCUUAAAAUUGGUACAGACUCACGCUUGAAGAAUGCUAUUGAUUUUUGUGAAAAGUCAGACCUUAAAUUUCUUGAAGAAGGUGUUGUUGUCGAUGAUAUACUUCCACAAUCUAUUAUAACACCUGAACAAUUAGAGCCUUCAAAAAUUAAUCCACUAGUUAUUUUCCCACCUCCAUUACUUUCCCAUAACAAAACAAAAGCUAUUUUCAGUGGAAAGCAGAAGAGGCUAGUAGAUUUUACUCGUCCUACUUUUGAAGAUAUUAGGUCGAUCUUGCUAGAUAAGCAGUACAAAACUUCUAGAGGGAAAUUUGGUAAAAAAUUACCACAAUCCUCCAAUGUUACAUUGAAUAAAAAGAAUGGAAUUAACAAGUUUAUAUUGAUGCAAACUUUGGAUGGUUUGCUACAAUUAGGAAAGUCGAAAGAAUUUUAUUUAGCUAUAUGGUAUUGCUUGACCAAAUGGGGAGGGAUAUAUGUAAGUAGGACUGACAUUUUGAAGGUGGCCAAUGACAUCGGGGUCUCAAAAGGUGUUUUAUCCGAAGAUUAUUUCCCACAUUACAUAUACCCAAAAAAAACAGACGUCAGCGAUAAGAACACCCUAGAUGAUGUUAGUUCUAAUAAAAGCUUCAUUGAUAUAACACCUCAAAAGAAGCUUGAAUUAACUCCAGAACAUGAAGCAGAAACAGUUGAUAUAAUGUUGAUUGAGAAUUUUAUUUUUAAGGUCAGUAAGAGUUUCAAUAGAGAUGCACCCAGUAACUUGGCCACCGAGAUAUUUGCAUCUUUGGUUAAUCCAUCCACAAAUAUCAGCAAAACGUUAUCCCCAAGGCCUAAGACAAUAGAUUCGAUUUUUUCUGUUUUUAUGAAGCAAUUGCAUCAUUAUAAUGAUUCUAAUUAUAACAGACAAUUCCUUGAAAAGAGGCAAAAGAAUAUACCCAAUAACACACCAAAAAAAUCUAUUACUGGAUCCCAAUUGCAACUGAUUUUGCCAUCAUUAAUAAAAUUCAUGGAUUGUUUGAUGGUUCAUGAAACCCGUGGACAAAGAAAAAAAUCUAUUGUAUCCAAUGAUUAUGUUGAAAGUUAUAAUCGAAUUAUUGAACGACUUUAUAGAAGUACUUGGUCUGAAGUCGAAAAUUCAGAUGAACUUACUUACCACAAAAUGAUCAUUAAAUCUGGUAUAUUACUUUAUAGACCCAGGAAUUUAAUUGAUAGAAGAGAGAAGAUUGUUUACAGUGAACCAAUCUUGAAGUCAAUGGAAAUUGUUUAUGAAGCAUUGAAAAAUUCGCAAUCAUUAGAUAGAAAGGAUGUUAAAUUAAUGUUGUCCUUAAAGCUGAUUUUUCAAUUAAAAUCGACAGACGAAGCCGCCUUAGACAAGCUCGAUUCGUAUGCUUCAGCAUGUUACUUAUCGAUUCACUGA